CCCACUUUGACAUUUUAAGAUUGAAAGAAAUAGCAUCUAUAGCUGGGAAAGUGUACCCUAAACUAAAAAAGAUAGACCCUUGAAGGAAGCCAAAUUAUAUACUAGCUAGCAUGAAGAGUUCACUUGGAUUUCCAAUUUCUGCAGACAAAAAUAAGGCUUAUAUUGCAAUUAUCCUUAUACAAUGUAUCAAUGCAGGCACGGCCUUGCUCUCCAAGGCUGCAAUUGUUAGAGGAAUGAAUUCUUAUGUGUUUGUUUUUUAUCAGCAUGCUAUUGCCACACUUGUGUUAGCUCCAUUCGCUUUUUUCCUCGAAAGUAACAGGUCAGCCCCUCUAUCGUACAACUUACUCUGCAAGAUUUUCUUUGCUGCUUUAGUUGGGUUCACUGUCUGUCUUAAUCUCUUCAAUUUCGCUUUAAAUUACACCACCGCAACAUAUGCUUCUGCCAGCAUGAACACAGUUCCGGCCAUUACAUUUAUCAUGGCAGUUUUCUUAAGGAUGGAAAGUAUUUCUCUGAGGCAAUGGCAUGGAAGAGCCAAAGUGUUGGGUUCUAUGAUGGUUCUUUCUGGGGCUGUAGUGUUAAUACUUUUUAAGGGGCCUCCUAUUUAUUCAGGCACCCAGAAAGGAGCUUCAAACGCAUCAAUAAACCAUAUUUCCAGAGGAAACUGGAUAAAAGGCUCUCUAGUCAUGCUCUCAGCCAACAUAACAUGGUCCAUGUGGCUUAUUUUGCAGGCACCCAUUGUGAAGCAAUAUCCAUCCACAUUACGUCUUGCAACUCUACAGUACUUCUUUAGCAGCAUACAAUCAGCAAUAUGGGCGGUUGCGAUGAACAGGACGAUAUCAUCAUGGAAGCUUGGUUGGGAUGUGAAUCUUAUCUCCGUUGUGUUUUGUGGCAUAACUGUCACUGGGAUUGGCAUCUGGUUGCGAGUUUGGAUCAUAAAUAAGAAGGGCCCUGUUUUCGUUGCUAUAUUCACUCCAUUAGCAUUUAUCAUAACAGCUGUCUUUUCUGCAUUCUUCUGGAAUGAGAUUCUUCAUUUGGGAAGUGUUGGUGGAGCUAUAUUAUUGAUUGGGGGCUUCUACGGCAUUUUGUGGGGAAAGUACAAAGAAGGAAAAAAUAAAACAAAUCAACAAAGAUCAAUUGCCAAAGAGGAAACCACGUUGGAGAGCAUCGCUCACUAGUGAUUAAUGAUGGAAUGACAGAAAAUGGCUUUAAUGAUGACACGAAUGCAAUUACUAAUGUAUCUAGAAAGACAGAAGACAUUUCCCAAGAGGGUCACUUUUGUAAUUACGAAACUGUUACCUUGUAACCAUUUGAGGAUUGUUUCCAUUUUUCAUUUUUGAUUUCAUACAAAUCAAAAGCAAUAUUUUUGUUGUAUUGAAAUUUGUUACGAUAGAGAAACUUGUAUGGUAGUUAAAUUUGUUGUACAAUGAUUCAAAGUUUAAAAGAGAGAGUGUUGUUAACUUAGAUGUAACCACCU